UAUGGAUGAUAAUAUCCUCUUGUGUGAUGAGGUCUUGAUUAUGAAGGAAGAUGAUGAGAUCUGCAUAUUGAAGAACCCUAAUAAUUAUAAGAAAGAUUGUGAAGAGACUUUUUACAUUUGCUUAAACAAGGAACUUGAUUUCUUGCCUCAAUUUGGUUAUGUUACUCGUCUUCGUUCUUCUGGUUUGCUUUUUUCCAGAUUCAAAUCUGUCCAAUCUAUCAUUAAGUCUCAGUGUCGGUUAAACCUGUCUUUUGAAACGGUUUUCAAUGCUGUAAGUUUCUUGGAUCGGUUCAUAUCUAUCAACCAAUGUCAUGGUUGGAAGGAUUGGAUGAUGGAGUUGCUUUCGGUUGCAUGUUUAUCUGUUGCAUCUAAGUUCGGUGAGACAGAAAACCAUACACUACAUGAGAUUCAGAUGAAAGGUCUUAAACUCAGUUAUUCCUUUGAGCCAAAACUGAUCCAACGAAUGGAGUUGAAUUUGAUGAAAGUUCUAAAUUGGCGAUUAAUGUCCACCACAUCAUUCUCUUACGUGGAGCUGCUGACGUGGAAUAUUACAUCUAAUCACUUUCUUACUGUCGGAUCCAUUAACCUCUUGUUAACUACCCUUCUAGAUGUUGAGUUUGUCGAGUUUAGACCAUCAAUAGUAGCAAUGGCCUCAUUGAUGUGCAUUAUCAAGAAGAAGCUUCAUUAUUCAACUGAUCUUGGUUAUGAUUUGGAUGAUUACCUUGCUUAUAUCACCACUCUUAUCCCUCAAGAUCAUAUGGAUGAUUUGAUGAAGUGCGAGGAGAAAAUGAGUCAUGAUCAUGGGUCUUACAUGAAUGGAACAAUAAUACCAUCAAGUCCAAACACAGUGUUGGGUGGAGGGAUGGAAGAUGUACAUGAUCUCUGUAACUUCUUUAAGAUCUCAGAACAUGAUCUUAUGAAACCUAACAUGGUCAGAUUCAGUGGAGUUAAGAGGAAGAGGGAGAAAUGAUAAUUAAUUUGAAGGAAGAUUCAUGAAUAUGCAUGCAUGUUUCAUGAACUCAGAAUAGUCUAACUUGUUAGAUCAUAUCUCUUUUAAUUAAUAUUUUGUUGUUCUUGUUUAAUGUCUAUUACUGCUAUAACAAAGUUUAGCAGUUGAUUUGGUUAUUGUUUUCCACUUUUGUACGUUUUUGC